UGCCAGUAGCAACUAGAUAGUUUAAGUCACUGAUUCACUGACAGUGCUAGAUGAAGAUGGAUAGAUGGUAUUGUCUGCAGUAAUUGGACAGUGCUAAAUGUGUUGUGUUAGCAGCUUGAUCUCUGGAUGACUGAAUGCAGAUAGCAUUUUUACUGACCAAGGCACACUAAACAUCCCUAGAUGUGCAACUGCAGAUAGCAAUAGUUUGAAGUUUUAUUGAACUUGUGAAAGGCCAGGUAGAUAGGGUAGAUUAUUUUGUACAAUGAAUCUGAGAGACAGUGUGGAGAUGAUGGAGACGCAGGCAGUAGGUCAGAAGGAGAAGCUAGCUGGAGACAAAGUCAACCCUGGAAACAACGUUGAGGGUGAGAAUGACAAAAUACCUGGGGCAUUUGACUGCAACAUUUGUGGACGCAGCUUCCCAUUCCUUAGCUCUUUGUCACAGCAUAUGAGACGCCACACGGGUGCACGCCCUUACAAAUGCCCCUACUGUGACCACAGGGCCUCUCAGAAGGGCAACCUUAAAGUCCACAUCCGCAGCCACAAACUAGGCACGCUCUCUAGCCAUCACUCCAAUGAUGAUGAAGAGGGAGGGGGCGAGGAGGAAGAGAUGAGUGUUUCAGAGGGUCUUGAUGGAGGCACGAGUCCAACCAAGAGCAGCUCAGCCUGUAACCGGAUGAUCAAUGGUGACAGUGCAGAGGAUAGUCGGAGGAAAGUGCCUGUGAGGAGCAUGAAACGAGAGAAGUCUGUUACUGACCAGCGGCCUUUCUGUUGCCGUCUUUGUGGCUACGAGGCCCAUCGGGAAGACCAGCUCCUCAGCCACAUUGAGAAGGUCCACAUCACAGUAGACACAGAGGAGGAGACCAAUGUUAAGGAAGAGGCUGUGGCAGAACCUGAUGUUGUCCAACCCCAGAAUGAUGGGACCUUCCCUUGUGAGACAUGUGGCCAGGUUUUCACCCAAGCCUGGUUUUUGAAGUCACACAUGAAGAAACAUGCAGGGAUCCUGGACCACUGCUGCCGUAUUUGUGGACGAAGGUUCCGCGAAGCUUGGUUUCUCAAAUCUCACAUGAAAACACACAACACCAAAUCCAGAUCUCGGCCAAAAUUAGAUUCAGCUGAGCAUCCAGCCACCAUCAACGAUGUGGCCCAGGAUCCUGAAAUUGUUUCGGUCUCAAUUACAUCCAUAUAUCAAAUGUGUUCCAAAUGUGGGAACCUGUUUCACAACAAAGAUAGCCUGAGGGCCCAUGAGAAAGUCCACAGUCUCAGCUCUGACAGGAAAUCUCAGAACCAAUGCAGACCCAGUGAUGAUGAGGACUCCCCAGCUGCUAAAAGACGUUUCCUUGACUACUUAAACCUCCAGAGUGUUGAGGAAAAAAACCCUGAUGAAGAGGAGGAGAGGGAGAAAAAGAUGCUGGGUCAAAGAAUCCCAGAGCUUGAUCCAGUUUGCAGCUACCAGGCCUGGCAAUUAGCCACUAAGGGAAGAGUUGUGGAGCCUGUUGAGCCUAGUUACAAGGCCUCCUAUGGUGGAGGAAGUAUGGGGGAGGAGGCCCUUGCUGGAGCAGCUGUAGUUUUUGAGAAGGAGAGCAGCCGUUAUGUGCUGCAAGGCCAAGAGAAACGCAGCUCAGGUCGACGUAGCAGCACUGGUUUGGGAAGCCACGCUUCUUCAGGGGACCGGACACCAGAGAGCCUCAGUGACUCUGAGUACCGACCUUCAUCUCGCCAGGACCGAAGACGACCAUCCCAGUCUCAAGCAUCUUCCAAAUCUAAUGAGUGCUUUGAGUGUGGGAAGGUCUUCCGCAGUCGUCAUCAGAUGAUUGUCCACCAGCGGGUCCACAGGAGGGAUGGAGGCAGGGCAUCUGUGGGAGAGAAGGAAAGAACUGCAAGAAAUGACAGAUGGGGCUCCACCAGUGAUCCAGAAUCAGGCUCACCAAGCCGGCCAAGCACCCCGGGGUAUGGAGAUUCUCCACCAGCCUCUGCCCUUGGGGAUCAGGCCUCCGAAAUGGGUACCGCAAAUUCAGGAGAGCUGUCAGAUGAGAAGCCUUACAUCUGCAGCCUGUGUGACUUUGUUACCACCGAGUCACAGACCUAUCUUACUCAUGUUCGUAUCCAACACCCGGCUGCACCUGGAGACAGACCCAGCCCCAUUCCCAGCCCUAGCUCCAGCUCCGACAGAGCCACCCCCAGUGGUUACCCCAAGUUAAAGAAAGCCCUUCUUCAUGGGAUGAACAACUCUGCAUCUUCUCCUGCUUACCUUUUAGCUCGAUCCUCACCACUUGAUCCCAGCAUGUCCCCUGUGGAUCUAUGUGUGAGGUCUGAGGGCCACAGGGGCACAGCCUUACAGCAUAGCCUGGACAGGAAGAUCCUCCCCAACCACAAGUGCUCCUUCUGCUCCCACUCCACUCGCUACCCUGAAGUGUUGUGGAUGCACCAGACUGUGGCUCACCGUAUCAACAGUAGUAGCUCCAAUCUGGCUCCUAAAUGGGCCCUAAAAAACAACUCCAAGGGCUCAAGGGACAGCUCGUUAUCCUCUAAGAGACGCACUGGUCCACCGCCAGUCCUGGAGGGGAAGGAGUGUCCACCGCUGCCACCACUGAUGCGUGCCCAACGUACGCGCCCCCCAAACUAUUCCAGUGAGGCACUAAAGAAGAACAGGCCAGGCGGUCAAGCAGCUAUGCCAUCAUCAUCUGGUUCCCCCUCUUCGUCGCUCUCAAGAGGUUCCUCAUCCACCCCAGGCACCCAAACUCAGAGAGUCCCUGUACGGCCAGGCAGCAGCAGCAGCAGUAGCAGCAGCAGCAGUGUCAGACACAUGGAGAACCAGAAUCAUCCUUCUCGUGUCAGACCCAAAGUAAAUAUUUACCCUCGGGGAAGCUCAUCCUCCAGCUCCUUAGAGAAGAGCACUGGCACCCUCUCACGUUCUUCAGCCCCAAGCCCUAGUUCUGCUCCAGCUUCCAGGAUGGCAGACCGCUACUUGAUGCCUCAGGAGGGCCUGGGCUUCAUGCUGUCCAGCAAACAUGGCCUAGCGGAGUACAGCCGAGCCAGGGGCUCCCCUCAUCAGGCACUUCCCAACUCCCACAGCCAGGGCCGGGCUAAUGCUACGAGGCCUAGUGCCAUCAUUCAUAGCUCCACAGCAGGACACAACUACGGAGCUUCCCAGGCACAUGGAGGCACUCUGCAGAAUUCCUCCUCCUCCUCUUCUUUGCCUUCAGAAGCUCGUGGAGAUUUGAAGCAGGAGCCAAUCGCUGAGACACCGGAAAUGCCAACUGACAUCCUCAGUUUCCUCAAAAACUACAGCCCCCAUGAACUGGCUGCCCUCUACCACCGCUGGGGUACAGCCAAUGCCCUGUUGGAUCCCACUGGGAUGCUGAGGUCUCUCAUGCGGCAAGGGCAGUAUUUCUGUCAUGAGUGUGGAAAGAGUUUCAGUCAGCCCAGCCACCUGCGCACUCAUAUGAGGUCUCAUACAGGGGAGAGGCCAUUCUGCUGCCAGCUCUGCCCAUACCGAGCCUCUCAGAAAGGGAACCUAAAGACGCACGUCCAGAGUGUCCACCAUAUGCCUUUUGACAACAGCCAGUACCCAGACACAAGGGCCAUGCUACUGAGCCAGGAGGAGCAAGUAGUGCUGGCUGCCAAACACCCACCAACAUCACAACAACAGCAACAGUAGACUUUUCCUUUAGACGGGGAUCUGGACUUGGGACCAGGCUAGUCAGGGAAUCACCAUCAUCAUUUCUAAAAAAAAAAAAAAAAACUGGACUGGACCCAAGUCUCACAACUGACUUUUUGGGUGACAAGCCUGCGCACCUUGUCCUUUCCUCUCCCCAACAUCCUUUAAUGACCAGUGGACUUGGAAGCUUUUUCUACAAUGAAGGUUCUUGUAGUUUAUGGAUUUCAUUUUAUUUUUUAAAAACUAGAUAAAGCUGUUCUAGUCGAUUUUAAAAAAUCACAAAAUGGUUCUGCAGCAGAAGAAGAAGAGUGUCUUAUGUCUUAAUGGAAAGCAUUUCUGGUGAAGUUCUGCUGUCAGGU